AUGAAGGAAGAUAGCAAUGCAGUACUGCACGUAACUGGAAUGACAUGUGGUGCGUGUGUAAGUGCGGUUGAAGGUCAAGUCAAAGCUAUAGAAGGAGUCGAUGAGGUAGUGGUUUCGCUAGUGACAGAGGAAUGCCAUGUCAAAUAUGAUUCGGAAAAAACAAACGUGGAGGUAGUGAGAGAUUCGAUAAUGGACUGUGGAUUUGGGGCCGAUAUUGUAGACUCAACCGUCGCGGAGUCGACUCGAACGGCGCUUUUAUCGGUAAGCGGCAUGACUUGCGGAGCUUGUUCUGCGGCAAUCACCCAGCAGUUGAGUGAACUGCAUGGUGUUGAAGACGCCAAUGUAUCUUUGGUCACGUCGGAGUGUAAAGUCGUGUAUCGUCCUGCGAUUGUGACAGUAGAGCAGCUAAAGGAGGCUAUAGAGGACUGUGGUUUCGGAGCCGAAAUCCUGGACCAAAACAUUGCGCAGCAAGGUUCGCGCUUCAAGAAGACGACCUUAAGGAUCUUCGGUCUCGCCUACGGUGCAUACACAUCGAGUAUAGAAGCAGAGUUUGUGCAGGAACCGGGUGUGCGUUCAGUGUCGUUUUCGCUUGCUACCGAGGAGGCCUCCAUAGAGUAUGAUCCUGAGGUUUUGGGUAUCCGCGCUAUUGUUUCGCGGAUUGAAAAUCUUGGGCUGGAAGCUAUAGUAGCCAACACUAUUGACAAUUCUACACAAGUCAAACUGCUGGCACGGACGCGCGAAAUCAAGUUUUGGAGGCAUACUUGCUUGAUAUCCUGCUUUUGCGUAUUACUCCUGAUGGGCAUUUACAAGUUGGUUCCAAUGUGGUUUCCAUCCAUACGAACGCACUUUCUUUACGUACAAACACCCAUUCCUGGUCUCUUCUACCGUGAUAUCGUCGGUUUCAUCAUUACAACUUACGUGCAAUUUUUCCUUGGCUGGCGAUUUUUCACGGCUGCUUGGAACUCUUUCAAACAUGGCUCGGGUUCAAUGGAUACUUUCAUCUGUAUCUCUACGUCAUCUGCAUAUGCAUUUUCUAUUUUCUCCAUUGGUUUGAAUAUCUAUAGAAAAUCUGAAAAGUUGCCCAACGUAAUAUUCGAUGCGUCUGCUAUGCUAAUAGGAUUCAUAUCCAUCGGCAAGUUACUUGAAAACAUGGCCAAAUCCAAAACUAAUACUGCCCUUACAAAGCUUAUUUCAUUGGCUCCAUCGACGUGUACUAUUGUUGAAGGUGACGGCAUUCGAGAAAUAUCAGUAGACCUUCUACAAGUCGGUGACAUUAUAGAAAUGAAGCCUGGUGCUAAGAUACCAACUGAUGGCGUUGUUACUGAAGGUGAAAGCGAGGUUGAUGAAUCGCUUAUAACUGGCGAAUCGCUAUUGGUACACAAAUUACCAAGGUCGUCGGUUGUUGGCGGUUCUAUCAAUGGGCCUGGUACCUUCAAAUUCGAAGCAACCAAAGUUGGCGACGACACUCAGCUGGCAAACAUUAUUCAGACAAUGAAACAAGCUCAACUAAGCAAAGCUCCCAUGCAACAGUAUGCUGAUUAUUUGGCUUCUAAAUUUGUCCCAUUCAUACUUACUUUGGCACUCCUGACUUUCAUCCUAUGGAUUGUCCUAUCUCAUAUCCUUCCUCAUCCACCUGCCAUUUUUAACAAUUCAAACGGAAAAUUUUUUGUUUGUCUUAAGAUUGCGAUUUCUGUUGUGGUCGUAGCAUGUCCCUGUGCAUUAGGACUAGCAGCUCCGACUGCUAUUAUGGUCGGUACAGGUGUUGGUGCUCGCCACGGCGUGUUGAUCAAGGGGGGUGACGUUUUGGAGAAGUGCAAUUCUUUAGAUGUGUUCUUAUUUGAUAAGACGGGAACGCUUACAACUGGCCAAAUGACUGUGGAGAAUUUCAUCAGCGCUGAGGGAGCCAAACAACUUACAACCGAGGAGGUUCUAUGUAUCAAUGCUGCAGAAUCUGUCAGCGAGCAUCCAACCGGGAAAGCCAUCUUCGAGUACACUGAGAAGCUUUUAGCAGAUGUGAACAGAUCGGUCUCCGUAAUAAAAAGUGAAAUUGUUGUGGGGGGAGGUUUGACAUGUGUUUGUGAGCUUGAUGGUGUGGAGUACAAGGUCGCCAUUGGUAAUAAAUCAAUUGUGGCUGAUAAGAAAUCUUUUUCACAUUCUGGCAAAACAACGGCGAGCGUGCAAAUUAAUGAUAAGUUGGUUGGAACUUUUGAGAUCACGGAUUUUGUCAAAAGAGAUGCUGGUGAUGCUGUUCAAUAUCUGAUCUCUAAAGGUUAUUGCGUUUGCAUGGUCACUGGUGACAACCAUAGGGCUGCAAUGAAGGUUGCUCAGGAAGUCGGCAUUGAGGCUAACAAUAUCUACAGUGAGGUCACCCCUCAGCAGAAGAACGAUAUUGUCCUACAAUUACAAGAUGGGGGCCGCAAAAACGUUGCCUUUGUUGGUGACGGAAUCAACGACUCUCCUGCACUUGUUUCUAGUGAUCUGGGAUUUUCUAUAUCUACUGGGACUGACAUCGCUAUGGAAGCUGCUGAUAUAAUAGUGUUGGACAGUGCAGACUCCAGUAGAGCGUCAUUGAGGGGUCUAAUAUAUGCGCUCGAUAUCGCGCAGGCGACCUUCCGUCGUGUUAAGUUGAACUUCUUUUGGGCUAUUUGCUAUAACAUGUUCAUGUUGCCGAUUGCAAUGGGUGUUCUUGUGCCUUGGGGAAUCACACUAAGUCCCAUUGUUGCGGGUGCCUCAAUGGCAGCCAGUUCUGUCAGUGUUGUAGCAAGCUCAUUGCUACUCAACAGGUGGCAGCCACCGCGCUUGGCAACAAAUAAUGAUAAAUCCCGGACACCAGGUUGGUUUAGAAGGCUCUUCAGCAAAGAACGGAGGAGCGAAGAGGAUAUCGAGCUCCAAAUGGGCUUGGUUCGCGAAUCUCAAGAUGAAUCAACCGAAGCUCCAGUAUAG